GUUCCCCCAUUUCAACUUUUCUUUAAAGCCCCAUUCUCUCUCUCUCUCUCUAGAGAAAAGAGCCAAAGCAGCUUAAUUUAAGCACUUUGAGAUCUGGGUUUUGUCAAAGUUUCAGUCUUCAUUAGCUGUCUUGUAAAAUUUUCUUGAGCUCUGAGGAGGCUCAAAGUCAUAGUCUUUGGGGGGUUCUGGGUUUUUGGUUCUGAGCUUGAAAUCUUGGAACUGAAAAUGGGAAGCAAAUGGAGGAAGGCAAGGAUGGCACUGGGUCUGAAUCUCUGUGUCUAUCUUCCCAAAACACUUGAAGACUCAUCUCCUUCCUCUCUGGACUCAGAAGAGAGAUUGUCUGAUGCUGCUCUGCUUUCACCAGCCAAUUUGGGCUCUUCCAGGCCCGCAACACCAACACAAACACCAUCCUCUCAUGGCUUGAAGCUCUCUAGAAGUGGAAGCAAAUCUUCUUCCAAGACGUGCUCCAUAUGCUUAACCAAAAUGAAACAAGGAGGUGGCCAUGCUCUAUUCACUGCCGAAUGUUCACAUUCUUUUCAUUUCCACUGCAUUGCAUCGAAUGUAAAACAUGGCAACCAAAUCUGCCCAGUUUGUAGGGCAAAAUGGAAGGAAAUCCCUCUACAGGGUCCCACUACGGAUGCUUCACCUGGAAGGGCACCAAUUGGUCCAGUAGGUUGGCCUCAGAAUGAUGCUUUGAUGGCUGUUGUUCGCCGGAUACCUCCUCCCCGAAGAGACUUGAGCCGAAGGCACAUUGUGCCACUGUUUCCGGCUACUGAACCAGGUGUGUUCAAUGAUGAUGAACCCUUGGAUCACCAAGCUGUGGCUGCUGAGAGAAGCUCUUCCAAUAAAAAUUCUGCAGAUGACAAUUUUUUUAGAACGAUAGAAAUAAAAACAUACCCUGAGGUUUCAGCUGUGUCGAAAUCCAAAUCUUUUGACAACUUUACAGUUUUGGUCAAUCUGAAAGCCGCUGGUUCAACUACAACACAAAAUCCUUGCAGAAAUCAAUCCAGCUCGCCGCAAUUUUCUCAGAAUCGUCGUGCUCCAGUAGACCUGGUCACAGUGCUUGACAUCAGUGGUAGCAUGGCAGGAACUAAGCUUGCACUGCUGAAACGGGCAAUGGGGUUUGUGAUACAGAAUCUUGGCUCCAAUGACAGGCUGUCAGUUAUUGCCUUCUCUUCUACAGCCCGUCGCCUCUUUCCACUCCGCCGAAUGACUGACACUGGACGCCAGCAGGCUCUGCAAGCUGUCAACUCUUUGGUUGCAAAUGGUGGGACCAACAUUGCCGAAGGCUUAAGAAAGGGUGGCAAGAUAUUGGAAGAUCGGAGGGGAAAGAAUCCUGUUGCCAGCAUAAUACUGUUGUCUGAUGGUCAGGACACUUAUACUGUCAGCGGGUCUGGGGCAAACCAAGCUCAACCAAAUUAUCAGUUGCUCCUCCCUUUGUCUAUUCAUAGUGGUGACAACACAGGCUUCCAGAUUCCAGUGCAUGCAUUUGGGUUUGGUGCAGAUCACGAUGCAUCAUCGAUGCAUUCAAUUUCAGAGAUAUCUGGAGGGACCUUUUCUUUUAUUGAGACUGAAGCUGUUAUCCAGGAUGCAUUUGCACAGUGCAUUGGGGGUCUUUUGAGUGUUGUGGUUCAAGAGCUGCAGGUGGAAGUAGAGUGUGUGAAUACAAAUGUCUGCCUUGGUUCACUAAAGGCCGGAAGUUACCCAAGUCGUGUGAUGGUUGGUGGACGCAAAGGGUCUAUUGAUGUUGGAGAUUUAUAUGCCGAAGAAGAGAGGGAUUUUCUGGUUUCAGUUAAUGUCCCAGCAGAGUUUUCUAGCAAUCUAACAUCAUUGAUAAAGGUGAGAUGCAUUUACAAGGAUCCCUUAGCUAAAGAAAUGGCAACAUUAGAGAGUGAAGAAGUUGGAAUCGAGAGAUCUGCAGUGGCCGGACAAGUAAGGGUGUCAAUAGAAGUGGACAGGCAACGUAAUAGGCUCCAAGCAGCUGAGGCAAUGGCACAGGCACGAGCUGCAGCUGAGCGGGGAGACUUAGCUGGUGCAGCUUCAACCCUUGAAGAUUGUCGAAGGGUAUUGUCAGAGACUGUGUCAGCAAGAUCUAAUGACCGCCUGUGUGUAGCAUUGGAUGCCGAGCUCAAGGAAAUGCAAGAGAGGAUGGCAAGUAGGCAUGUGUACGAGGCUUCUGGUAGAGCGUACAUUCUUUCAGGACUGAGCUCACACUCAUGGCAAAGAGCAACAGCUAGAGGUGACUCCACCGAUGGUUCAAGCCUUGUUCAGUCCUAUCAAACCCCGUCAAUGGUUGAGAUGCUUACACGAUCUCAGGCUAUGUUGUUGGGCAGUCCAUCAGCCCAGAGGCUUAUCCGACCAUUAUGUUCACAACCGAAGCCGAGGUAAUCAUAUAGGGUUGCUGAAUGCUCAUUCCUUUCUCUUGAUUUUGAAUUUUUAUUUGGGUGGGGGGACAUAAAAGAGAUAAAGAGAGGCUUUUUGGCUGUGAUUUUGCUCCUUCCUUGUAUAUGUAAAUCAAUAAGAAAAAAGAGGACAUGGUGAAAUGGGGUAUAUUGGGGAAAGGAACACUAGGUAGGGUUUAAGAUUAUGUCAUGUUUAUUGUGUUGUGGGGAUGGUGUACAUAAGUUUCUCUCUGAGAGAAAUGGGUACAAAGAUUGUAAUUGCCAGAAUGGUUUGGGUGAGCUUCUCACCUAAAAGUAUAAUGUACCUCCUCUCAAUCCAUUUGACAAAGUUUUGCCAUUUC